GUUCAGUUGUCAGUACUCGCUGUGGCAGCGUGGUGAACGGGUGGCUGACCGCACCGCACUUUUCCGCGUUGGCUUACUACCAUGUGACUGCUGCGCUUAACCCCUUCGUGUUUGAUAAGUCAUUUGUACCUUAAAAAAAUGUGAGUUUUACAUGCAAUGAGACAAAAAGUGCCUCAUAUAAUACAAUAAUUAAAGCAAGAAGUACAGGACAGUACUGUAGUGGGUAAAUAUGCCAGACACUCUUCUCGUGAAGGCUGUAAACCAGUGGCAGAAACUGUCUUAAGAACUGCAUGAAGCCUGGCUGAAGUGACACUCCCUAUCAGGAUGGUCGCUCUAACAAGAUAUAAAAUUUUCAUCGGCCUAGUGACGUGGAUGGUUAUGUGUGGGGCGCUGCUGAUGCUGUGGCAGGCCCCUGAUCCCUCCUCCUCCAACACCCACCGCCACCCAUCUCCUUCACCUACUCACGCCUCCAAAUCGUCCUCCCGCACACACGUUAGUAACCUCCACUACCUCCAAGAUCAUGAAACAAGCUCUUUUAGGUCUUCAUCGUACAAAGCUAUUCCUGGUGUGUCGUCCAGCCACGCCCCCACCGUUACUACCCGUGGCCGCCCUCCUUCCUCAAGGGUGAACCAGAGGAGUGUGAGCCCCAUUCAACCACGUGCAUCAUUAGCAUGGCCAGCUCCACCCACAUCUUCUGUGACCGGCAAACAUCAGCACCCCAUCAGGCAUCUGAGUUCUGGUUAUGUGCGUGGAAUAAAUGCUGAAGUGCCAAAACCCCCAAUUAAAGCAAGACUUAGACACAAAGAAUAUGGGAGACAUGAGAGAUUGGUCGCCAGCAACAGUGAGCAUGGUCAUCUCAUAGACAGAAGACCGAACCCUAGUAAAGACAGAGCAAAUAAUGAUAAUAAAACUGGUAAUAAGAACCCUCAUACAGAGGAUUAUACACACUAUGAUCCAUCUGAUGACUAUGUACAGAGUAAUGAUGAUAAUGAUUACAAUGAAGUUCAAAGUGAAUAUGUUGGAAAUAAUAGUAAUGGUGAAGAGGUGAAUGAGUACAUUAAAGAUGACAGUGACUAUACUGGAGGUAUAUACAAUGUUACACCUCCUGAUGCCUCACUCUUGGUGUAUAAUAGGAUCCCCAAGUGUGCCUCCUCAACCAUGCAGACUAUCCUCCGCAGACUCUCCCGCCACUUGGGUUUUGAACACUUGUCGUCAUUAAUAUAUGAUAAGCGUCAGCUGAGCCAAGACGACCAGGAGGAGUUAGUGGACAACCUCACCACAUCUGCGGAGGCCACACCCUCUCAUGCUCUCAGCUAUGACCGACAUAUCUACUACACCAACUUUACAGCGCUUGGUGAAGAUCGUCCAGUCUAUAUUAACAUCAUCCGGAACCCAGUAGAGCAGUUCAUCUCUUCAUUCUAUUACCGCCGCAGUGAUGAGAGGCUAAACCGUCUUCACUCUCGUGGUCACCUGAGCAUGGUCUCUCCCAGAUGGAUCAACAGAACAGUGGAGGAGUGUGUUUCAACUAAUGACUCGGAAUGCUUAUUUCUGCCUGGUGAGGAAAAGGAAACUUUUGUCACCUUCUUCUGUGGCCACCACAUCUUCUGCCGGACAAUAGGACACAAAGAUGCUCUACAGUUGGCCAAGCAGGUUGUGUCUGAAGACUACAGUGUUGUUGGUUUGGUGAAACACAUGGAGCUCACUCUUCAACUAAUGGAAACUCUUGUCCCACGUUAUUUGACUGGGGCAUUGAAAAUAUAUGAAAAUAUAAGACAAAGGGAGCACAUGAUUGUUAACAAAAAUCAAAAGAAGCCUGAAGUUCCCACAGUUAUUCAGAAAGAACUAUCACGGAGAAUGGUUUAUGAUUUAGAUUUCUACAAUUUCUUAGAGCAGCGGCUCUUUGAACAGAAGGAAACCUUCCUCUCUAAACAAAGCAUACAGUAGUGCAACUACCUCGUCAUCUUUAGUCAAAACCAUGAGUAAAAUAGUCAACAGGUUAUCACGUAUAAGAAAAAAAAUUGAAAACCAAUAUACAAUAUGUGUGUGAUCCUUAAGCACUUAAAUUAUUCAUAUUAAACUCAUAGUACAGUACUGUACAGUAAUGUAAAAUUUAUUUAUUUUAUUAAAUUCAGGGUUUAUGAGAAGUGCAAAUUUCUGUGAAUAUGUAAUGAUAACUAUAAAUGAUGAUGGCUGACCACCACCUCUAUGACUUGUAACAUUAAGUGUAUGUUAUACAGUACUGUACUUAUAAACAAGCAGAAUUUAUAGCUAUUACCCUCUGUUCUACAUCUCCACAUUAACUACAGGAAUACGUACCUUGUUAUAUGUUACCUUAUAAAUUUCUUGACAUGAACAAGACAACGUUGGUACUGAACCACCAAAUCCCUCCACUACAGCCACAACAGACUUAUGUAAGUCACAGAAGUACAUUUCAGUAAAAUGCAAUUGAUAUUUUUUCAUAAAUUACUAUUUUCGAUUAAAACCCCUCAGACAUUACAUAUUACUGUACUAACUAAAAGCCUUUUUGCUUUAUUACUGACAGUGUACAACAGCACUGGGCGUAACACACACAAGUAGUCCCAUUCCAUACCAAAGGAACAAAAUUUUUUUACUUACUUUUAUCCUCUUAACCACUGAUUGGCUCGUUAGCCGCUUGGGCGACCGAUCACGUCUCUGUUACGCACUGUUGGCAAUUUAUGGGCAUGCACCGGCUCUUAAAUGUA